AGAUUCAAUGUUUUAGUUCACACACUUUCUUUGCAUCAGACCUUGCUGCACUUUCUUUGGAUCAGAUUCAACUCAUUCAAAAUAUUUGGCAAAGGAACUUGCAAUAACUUGAAAGCUUUGUUAAUUAGAAUCAAGUUAUUAACAAUGAAUGUGCGCAUGGAUCCAGAUGUUCUCAAAGAAGUAAGGUCAGGGAAGUUACCAACACUUGAGGCGAACGUGCUUGAUGGAACAACCCCAGAAGGAAACACGAUCCUUCACGUGGCUGCAAGGUUCGGGUAUAAGCUUUUGGUAGAAAAGAUCAUCAAUCAGCGUCCUUCUCUUGCCUUUAAGAGCAAUGACAAAGGGGAGACGCCGGUGCAUGUCGCAGCGAGGGCUGGAGAACAUGAUGUCGUUGAAGUUUUCAUCAAUUCAGUGGAGAAAUAUCCAGGGAUACACAUCGGGAGUAUCAGAGAUAAAUUUGGUAAUACGCCUUUACAUGGUGCUGUCAGGAAUGGACAACGUAAGGUAAUAAAUGCAUUGGCACAAAAAGAUUCGGAAUCGUUACUCUGGAUUAAUGAUGCAGGCGAAUCCCCACUUUCCAUUGCCAUUGAUAUGAGGUUGACUGAUAUAGCGCAAACAAUCAUAGAUUUGAAUGAUUCUACGCUUGAUUACCGUGGAAACAAAGGCCAAACACCUUUGCAUUGUGCUGUCAUGAGGCAAGAUUUUGAUAUCAUGCGUACCAUCAUACAUAAGAAAAAAGAUCUCGUUGGAGUGCCAGAUGAAAGUAAAAGGACUCCCCUUCACUAUGCUGCAGCCUUGGGUCAUCAAAAAAUGGUGCAGGAGUUAAUCAAGCAACAUCCUUUGAUUGCAUACGAAAAAGACAAAAAUGAUCAAACACCUCUUCACUUGGCAGCAGCGACUGGGCAAGUACGUCUUAUGGAAGGAUUGCUAGAGCCUUGCCCAGACACAAUUGAGAUAGUUGACGACAUGCAGCAAAAUAUUCUUCAUAUUGCAGCCAAGCAUGGAAAUAUGGAUGCGGUGUUAUAUAUUCUGGAGCUACCUGAAAUGGAAGAUUUGAUCAACUCUCCUGACGUAGCUGGAAACACCCCCUUGCAUCUGGCGGUCAGUAACUACCACAGCGAUGUGGUGGAUGUUCUCUCCAAGAAUCCAAAGGUGGAAAUCAGGUCAAUUAACAACUCUGGUAAUACUGCUUUAGCGAUUGCUACAUUGCCUGAUGACCGUGGAAUGGAACUGCAGAAGCAUUUAACCUUGAAAGCAUUAAAGAGUGCUUAUAAACAGAAAGUUAUUAAUCUUGAAGAUUUUCCUGAAAAUACACGAUUAAUUGAUGCAAACGUAGAAAAGCCAAAGAGCGAUGAUAAAAUUGAUGCAAAAGUAGAAAAGCCAAAGAGCGAUGAUAAAAAGAUCAGAGAAAUGGGUCAAAUAAUCUCAGUAAUGUCAACCCUUAUAGCUACAUUUACGUUUACAGCGGCUUUUACCAUCCCUGGAGGUUUUAAGAGUGAUGGUCCGGAUAAGGGCUUGGCAAUGUUAAUUAGUAAAUCAGCUUUCCGGGCAUUUGUUCUCUCUGAUGCCAUUGCCAUGACUUCAUCUAUUACUGCUGCAGUUAUUGUAUUUUGGUCAAAUUCUCGUCGGGACACUGAAUCAUUCUUGGAUACCCUUCCUUUUGCCAUUGGUUUAACUUGGAUCUCACUUAUAGCAAUGACACUAGCAUUUGUGACUGGAUUAUUUGUUGUGUUACAGAAGACGCUGUGGCUGGCUAUAUUGGUUUGUGUGAUUGGUUGUGCUCCUCCCUUCUUGCUUUACAUAUAUUCUCCUAUAUAUCUUCUUCUGUUCGAACGUAUUUCCAAGUCGCGAACCUCUCUCAGUAACCGACAAAAUAUAAUUGAAGACAACCCAUUUCUAUUUACUGUUCGAUUGAUGAAGAUAUUUUUUGAAAGUCAGAUUUUUAAAUGUUUAUGCUCGAGGCGUAAGAGUUCAUGUUGUUACAAACCGAACCAAGACUUCACUGUAUCUGCCGUUUGA